GAUUUCCUGACCUCGUGAUCCGCCCGCCUCGGUCUUUCAAAGUGCUGGGAUUACAGGCGUGAGACACCAAGCCCUGCCUAAAAUUUUUAAUUCUCUGAUGGAGUCACUUUUAAGUCGAACAGGAUUCUCGACGUGUCAGUUUGUUGUAAACCAAGAGUGAAGACCGCCACAACUUAGCUGCAUUAAUAAAGGAACCAUGUUCUCCCUACAGGCCGCGUGUUCUUGCUACGAGAACCCCUAGCAGCCUGGCCUUGGAAUAGCUGGAUCAGAUGCAUUCAUUGGUUCUUUCAGAUACUUUUAAGAGCCAGCUGUGUACUAGGUACUUCUUACACCUUCUGGUGGGGAAGAUGGAACUGAAGGGAAUUUGCAAGGAGCUGUGAGAAAGUACAACGGGAAGUGAGCUAAGAUCAUUAAGGUGAGCAGGAGGCAACCAGAGAAAGCACAUUCAGGACUGUGAAAAAAUCACACAAAGGCUGUUAAGCCUUUCGAAACUGAAAGGCCCAUGAGGUUGGAGCUAGAGAAACUUACGGAGUGUGGGGUUCCAGAUGAGGCUAGAGAGGACUGAGAUGGCCUCAAUCUUGCGAAGCCCUCAGGCUCUCCAGCUCACUCUAGCCCUGAUCAAGCCUGAUGCAGUCGCCCAUCCGCUGAUUCUGGAGGCUGUUCAUCAGCAGAUUCUAAGCAACAAGUUCCUGAUUGUACGAAUGAGAGAACUACUGUGGAGAAAGGAAGACUGCCAGAGGUUUUACCGAGAGCACGAAGGGCGUUUUUUCUAUCAGCGGCUGGUGGAAUUCAUGGCCAGUGGGCCAAUCCGAGCCUACAUCCUUGCCCACAAGGAUGCCAUCCAGCUCUGGAGGACGCUCAUGGGACCCACCAGAGUGUUCCGAGCACGCCAUGUGGCCCCAGAUUCCAUUCGUGGGAGUUUCGGCCUCACCGACACCCGCAACACCACCCACGGUUCGGACUCUGUGGUUUCAGCCAGCAGAGAGAUUGCAGCCUUCUUCCCUGACUUCAGUGAACAGCGCUGGUAUGAGGAGGAAGAGCCCCAGUUGCGCUGUGGCCCUGUGUGUUAUAGCCCAGAGGGAGGUGUCCACUAUGUAGCUGGAACAGGAGACCUAGGACCAGCCUGAUGCAGGUCUAUGAAGAUAGUGCCCAGACUUUUCUCCUAGACGUCUAGUCUAAAACAUUUGCCUAGGACCAGGGAAGCCUGGGCUCAUACUGCCAUUUCUGCUGGGCACCACCACCUGCCUGAGGGCCUAGCUCACUGCAGCACAUCCUCCAGAAUCUAGCUUUCUAUCUACCUCUUCUCUGGAAUGUUGAUGGUGGUUCAGAAGAAUGGUGACUCCUCUUUGCUGAGAACUGUUCAUCCUUUCUCAAGAAGAAGCUUGCCAGGCCGGGUGCGGUAGCUCAUGCCUGUAAUCCCAGCACUUUGAGAGGCUGAGGCAGGCAGAUCAUGAGGUCAGGAGUUCGAGACCAGCCUGACCAACAUGGUGAAACCCCGUUUCUACUAAAAAUACAAAAAUUAGCCAGGCGUGGUGGUGCAUGCCUGUAAUCCCAGCUACUCAGAGGCUGAGGCAGGAGAAUUGCUUGAACCCAGGAGGCAGAGGGUGCAGUGAGCCGAGAUUGUGUCAUUGCACUCCAGCCUGGGCGACAGAGCAAGACUGUCUCAAAAAAAAAAAAAAAAAAAAAAAACCUUGUCUAAUUGACUUGCACAAAAAAAUGCAGUGACUCCAAGCAACAUUUGGCCUGCUCUUCCUCAAUAAAAGUCAGUGUUCUCAAAAAAA